CUAGCCAAUCAGAUCCUGAAAUGUUUUCCGUUAACGAAUCAAAUCAUGUUAGAGAGGCGGUGCUACAUGUUCCGCACACCGCUUGGCUCGAUGGGAGUGGCGGUUGUUUCAAUAUGGCGGAUGUAACCGGUUGGAAUCGUAACGGUGAGAUUUUCUGGAUUAGGGAUACGUCAGACGAAGAUCAGCCCAUGGUAUUCGUACCUGGUGUGAGCAGAGAAAGGAUUAUGGGAAUGAAGGAGGGAUCAGGGUGUGGUCUUGACAGAAAGGGCAAGAUGAAACCAAACAAAGUGGACAGAAAUGCAGUAGCUGGCAGCAGUGCAAAGAGGAAGCUCUGCGUGGCCCCUGACCACAAGGCUAAGGGCUCCCCUGUCUAUGCUACUGCCUCAGCGAUGGCCGCGGUCCGGUCUCCAGCUGACAGGCGUUUUCUACCCUCUGCUGUCCCCAGUACCGAGCUGGCUGAAGCAGACCAAGCCAAGAGCCGCGCUUGUCUCAAGGACCUCUGCCCUGAAGACAAGCGCCGUAUUGCCAACCUCAUCCAGGAGCUGGCAAGGGUGACUGAGGAGAAGGACGAGACAAUGCAGAGGCUUCACGAUGAACAAGAAUCUUUUGAGAUGAAGAUCCAACAGCUUGAGGAACAGAACCAACUCAUUGUCCAGGAACGCCAAAGCCUGCAGCAGCAGUAUCGCGAGUGUCAGGAGCUGCUGUCACUCUACCAGCAGUAUCUGUCCCAACAGCAUGAGACGCUCAGCCAGUCAUGCUCCCAGCGCAAGCAGGUGAGCACUGAUGAAUAUAUUCCUUCCGGUCCACGGAGAACAGCUGGGCAUGACCGCUCCUACUUGGGCCUCUCUAACCAUGAAGCAGUAAGAGGAGAAGGACAGAGAAGCUCCUGGACUGACACUCCCACCCAGCACCUGACCAGUAACUACCAGCCCAGUGACCCAGCUGAGAGAGCAUCCCAAUUCACUGGCCCUCAAGGAGUAAGACAAGGACCUCAGCAUCCAGGAGCCUUCAAGUGUGCAGGGUCUGUCACUGUGGACUCUGCCUGCAGGAGCACCAAAGAGAUGUGCGGUUCUUUCUGUUCUCCCCGUGAGAUGAGUCCCAGGAUAGAGGACGGUGGGCCAAGCUCAGGUGAGGUGGUGGCCACGGCACCCCCUGCUGGCCAGGAAGACUGGAACGAGAGGAGGAACCGUCUGCUGCUGCAGAAGAUGGAGCUGGAGGUGGAGCGUGAGCGUCUUCAGGCUCGCUUAGCUCAGCAGGAAGAUCGCUUACUCCAACAGAAGCAGCGGCUGCGUCAGUCUCGCCUGGAGCACAGCAGGUUGCCAGAUGUGCCAGUGGGGGGAUCCGACAGUAUCUCGAAUGGGCUGGAGCUGCACAAGCAAAACACCUCACGCGGUGAUUUGAGCUGUCAGACGGAUGUGCGGGUUCUGUCUGUUGGCACAGCGGGGCAGCCAGCCACUGACAAAGGCUCCAUGUCCCACCCUUCGGACCAGUCUCUGCAUUCGGGGGGGGCCGUGACCCUGCCCACUAAGCCUGCCGCCUCCCCUGUGGUGUCCAGUGUCCAGCUCCAGCCUGGUCCUUCUGCAGUGGAUAAGACCCCCCGCCGCUGCUCACCACACAUCACACAGCCUUGCAGUUUGGACUCCUCCCUGAUUGAAUUGCUGGAAGUGAUCAGCCCCAUCUCUGGCAGGGACCGCAGCGGGUACCUUACCCAGCAGCAUCUGAAGCAGCCUUCCAUGGCCUGUCGAGUGCGCGGUGUGCCUGCCUCGGCUUCGUUUGCCCCUCCUCGACCUCCACAGCACAGCAUGCAGGAGGACCCAGAGGAGAGUCAGCUUCUGGAGGAGAUCUUCUUUAUCUGUUAACACAAAAAAAUGCUCCCACCCCUCGUCACAGUGAACAGCUGCUGCUUGUCUGCUACGCAGAUACUGUCAGCCUAACCCUGAAGCUUCACGCUGCCUGCAGAUGUGCCGGAGACUUUUGAACUGAUCACCUACAUGUAUUGGCUUGUGUCCUUAUUUUCAGCUUUGUCGUUUAUCAGGGAAAAAUAAUGAGCAGUCCAAGCAUUUACUCUAAACGUAUGUACGCGUUUUGUGUACGUGCUUCUCAUUAAUUGAAAAUCGCUGGGUCUUCUGGAGUCUGAAGAUGGUAUCAGUGAAUUAUGUUUGUGCUCUUUUUGGUUACCUUGAAAUAGUUUUUGAUGGCUUUUCUUGUUACCUAAAACUUUAUCAUUAAACUUGUUUUUAUUCAUGUUUUUUUAAUACUGAAUAUAAUAUGAAACAUCCCAGAGAGUUAAAUGAUAAUUUCCUUCAAUUUGAGCGAGUAAAACCAUUAAUAUAGUAAUUGUGUAGCCUGCUAUGUAGGUGCCAGAUUUCAUGCGUUUCCUGGCUAUUUGUAUAAUGACCAGCUUGUGUAAUCUUGUGUCAGGAUGCGGUAUUCCGAGACUCCUCGCUUCCGCAUCACUCAAGCUCUUAAUUAUUUAAUUGGUUGAAUUAUGAUAAAUUAAAGCAAGCAACUACAUUGUCAGUU